GCGGCAGCUGCAAUCCUCAGCUUGAUCUGCCCUCUCCUUCUCGGCAAUCUCCUCAUCGUCGCAGCGGCGCCUCCUAAAGCUGCAACAGCAACACGGCUGGAAUUCUUGUUCAUCAUCUCAAUCUUCUUUACUGUAAUGAAGCAGGGGGGAAAAGGAAAGAAAAAGAGAAAGAUGGGUGGGGGAAAGACAGAGCAGCCGCUUAAUGGGAAAGGAAGGAAGAAAUGAACACAUGGGCUGGGGCAGAUGUUCAGAAUAUGGAUUUUGGUUUCGAGUGGCUACAGGUUGGUUGGGGGCACAUUGCCAGCUCUUGGUUACCGUCCAAUGUUGUGUUGUUUUCUGCUAAAUGUUGCAGACAAGUUGAUUUGGUCUUCUUGUUGGUGGGUUAAUCAUUGUGUUAAUGUUGUCGUUUGAUUUGGACUCCAAGUAAUGAUUGUGUUUGUCUAGUGUGUACACGUGAAGUUAGUCUCUGCUAAUUAAACAUGCU